UGAUGGAGAUGUUGGGGUACAGGCAAGAGGUUUGGGGUCAGGAGCUGCUCCGGGGGGUCCGGGGCCGGGGAAGCAGUGAGGCAAGGAGGAAGAUGCUUGGGGAGGAAGGCUGACACGCUGGGCCGUGCUGCGGGAUGGGCCCCGAGGCCUGGCGGGGCACCGGAGCAGGGAGACGAGCUGGGGAGCCUGGCGUAGCAGGGAGGACCAGCACCCCCGCGAGACGCUGGAGCAGGCGCCGGCCUGGCCUCGCCAUCCGGCCCCCUUCCCACUUCCGCCGUCGUUCCGGGAGGCCGGGCGCUGCCGGCUGGCGCCGCGUGGCAGAACGUCAGCGUUUCGCCGCCGGUUGCAGCUCACACGCAGCAGCGGCACGUUUAACCGUUAGGGCGGACACGCCACGGCACGGUUUCCGGCUGCUCCCGGCCCCCGCAAGGCACCACUUUCAUUUUCCUUUUUGCCUUUGCCGGUUGGCAGGAGAAGCCCUCUCCCUGCUCCGGCUGCGCAGGUUUUGUGACUAUGACGGAGGCAGUGGGGACGAGGCCCAAGCGCAUCCUGGUGACGGGUGGCACCGGCUUGGUUGGCAAAGCCAUCGAGAAGGUGGUGGCUGAUGGAGGAGGCCGGCCGGAUGAGGAGUGGAUCUUCGUAUCCUCCAAAGAUGCCGACCUAACGAGCGCCGUGGAGACCAAAGCGCUGUUUGAGAAGCACAAACCCACGCACGUGAUCCACCUGGCCGCCAUGGUUGGAGGCCUCUUCAAAAACAUUCGCUACAACCUGGAUUUUUGGAGGAGAAAUGUCCACAUCAAUGACAACGUCCUGCACUCGGCGUAUGAGUGCGGAGCGCAGAAGGUGGUCUCCUGCCUCUCCACCUGCAUCUUCCCGGACAAGACAACGUACCCCAUUGACGAGACCAUGAUUCACAACGGACCACCUCACAGCUCCAACUUUGGGUACUCCUACGCCAAGAGGAUGAUCGACAUCCAGAAUAGGGCGUACUUUGAGCAGCACGGCUGCCGCUUCACCGCUGUCAUCCCUACCAACGUCUUUGGGCCGCACGACAACUUCAACAUCGAGGAUGGCCACGUCCUGCCGGGGCUCAUCCACAAGGUGUACCUGGCCAAACAGACCGGCUCUGCUCUGACUGUCUGGGGCACAGGAAAACCCAGAAGACAGUUCAUCUACUCCCUGGACUUGGCCCGGCUCUUCCUUUGGGUCCUCCGGGAAUACGAUGAGGUGGAGCCCAUCAUUUUGUCAGUCGGAGAAGAAGAUGAAGUCUCAAUCAGGGAGGCAGCAGAGACAAUCGCAGAAGCUAUGGACUUCAAGGGAGAACUCGUCUUUGAUAUGACCAAGUCGGAUGGGCAGUUCAAGAAGACUGCAAGCAACAGCAAAUUGAGGCGCUACCUGCCCGGCUUCCAGUUCACACCCUUCAGACAAGCCGUGAAGGAGACCUGCACCUGGUUCACCACCAACUACACCAGCGCCAGGAAGUGACCAGCACAGUGCAGCCGACAUGGUACCAGCAGUGCCUGGUCCACACAUCUUCUUUGACUCAGGGUUGUCCUUUGCUGGGGCAGAGGACAGGGGCUUAGGGGGACACUGGUGGUGGGAGCUAGCAGCAUUUCCAAAGCCAAGGGGACUGGGAUCCCAGGUACGCUGAAUAGUGGUUAGGUGCCCUGCAGUUCCUCUAUGGGUGCAGAGCAUGCCGAGGGCAGCAGCUGUGAUGAACCCUGCUUGAAGGGGUGUGUGUCGGGGUGGGGUGGGGUGGUAGAAUCUUCAUUUAGAAAAGCAUAUAGAAAAGGCCCUGCUCAGGUAGCCCAGAGCUGCCCAGACUUUACUCCCUGCUGCUGGACAGAGGGUGGGAUGCACAGCUCGUGGAAGGUGUGCAGCCCCCGUAUAGGGCAGGAGUGGUGGGAAGGUUGAGGGAGGAUACCCCAAGGUCCCCAAAGCUGCUGACAGCCCCACAAGGGACCCCGGGGACAAGGUGGUAGCAGCCAAAGCCACGGUCUGGUCUGAGCCUUGCCAGCUGCCUCUGCUGCACCCCUCUGUGGUGCAGAGCCUGGUGGCUGCUGCAGAACUGUAAUGGUCUACGCUGCUAAUUAUGUGUUAUUAGGUGUAAUAAACGGAGACCGAUGGGAA